AUGCUAAGAGGAAUCAGCCGGUGUGCUAGACCGCACAGCGUGCUGCAGAGAGCCGCACAGCGCAUGCAUGCGAAGCCCGCGUUCCGCGGCCUGGCCAGCAACAAUGGCAGCGGCAGCAGCAGCGACAACUUUCUCUCGACCACCAACGCGACCUACAUCGACGAAAUGUUCCAGGCGUGGAAGCAGGACCCCAGCUCCGUCCAUGUGUCGUGGAACGCAUACUUCAAGAACAUGGGUAACCCGCAACAGCCAGCGUCGUCGGCGUUCAUGGCUCCGCCCACCCUCGUGUCCCACCACACCGGGAGCCAUAUCCCCCACGAUAUGGCCAUGGGUGUGGCCGGGACUCCUUCCAGCAGCGUAGACCAGGACGUUAUGACCCAUUUGAAGGUCCAACUGCUGUGUCGUGCGUAUCAGGUGCGUGGCCACCAAAAGGCCCACAUUGACCCCCUCCAGAUCUCAUUUGGCGACGACAAGUCUAAACCACUGCCUAAAGAACUCACCUUAGACCAUUACGGAUUCACCGAGCGCGAUCUCGACCGCGAGAUCUCGUUGGGUCCCGGUAUUUUGCCCCGCUUCGCUCGCGAGGGCCGCAAAACCAUGGCUCUACGUGAUAUCAUCAACGCUUUGGAAAAAUUGUACUGCUCCUCGUACGGUAUCGAAUAUAUCCAUAUCCCAUCCAGAAACCAGUGUGAUUGGCUCAGAGAACGUAUCGAAAUCCCUCAGCCUUUCCGCUACAGUAUUGACGAAAAAAGACAAAUUCUGGACCGUUUGACCUGGGCCACUUCUUUUGAAGCUUUCCUGUCUACAAAGUUCCCAAACGACAAGAGAUUUGGUCUUGAAGGUUUGGAAGGUAUCGUGCCAGGCAUCAAGACCCUUAUUGACAAGUCUGUCGAAAGGGGUGUCGAAGAUGUGGUUCUCGGUAUGGCGCACCGUGGUAGACUCAAUGUGCUAUCUAACGUGGUUCGUAAACCCAAUGAGUCCAUUUUCUCCGAGUUCCAGGGCUCUGCAGCCCCAGAAGAGUACGAAGGUUCUGGUGACGUGAAAUACCAUUUGGGUAUGAAUUACCAAAGACCUACCACAUCGGGCAAAUACGUUAACCUGUCAUUAGUUGCCAAUCCAUCGCACUUGGAAGCUCAGGACCCCGUUGUGCUUGGUAGAACCAGAGCUAUUCAAUUUGCCAAAAACGAUUUGGACAAGUAUCAAAAGGCCAUGGGUGUCUUGCUUCACGGUGAUGCUGCUUUUGCUGCCCAGGGUGUUAUUUAUGAAACUAUGGGAUUCAGUCACUUACCUGAGUAUUCUACAGGUGGUACCAUUCACAUUAUCACCAACAAUCAAAUUGGUUUCACUACAGACCCAAGAUUCGCCAGAUCUACUCCUUACCCAUCUGAUAUUGCCAAGGCCAUCGACGCACCUAUUUUCCAUGUCAAUGCCAACGACGUUGAAGCCUUGACUUUCAUCUUCGAUCUGGCCGCUGAGUGGAGAGCUACCUUCCAUACGGAUGCGAUCAUCGAUGUUGUCGGCUGGAGAAAGCACGGUCAUAAUGAAACUGACCAGCCCUCUUUCACUCAGCCUCUCAUGUAUCAGAAGAUUAGCAAACAGAAAUCUGUUAUCGAUGUCUACACCGAGAAACUGAUUUCGGAAGGUUCUUUCACCAAGCAAGAUAUUGAUGAACACAAGAAAUGGGUUUGGGGUCUAUUCCAAGAAGCUUUCGAUAAAUCGAAGGAAUACAAGCCAACUUCAAGAGAAUGGUUGACCGCCGACUGGGCCAAUUUCAAGUCUCCUAAGGAGCUUGCUUUGGAAAUCUUGCCUCAUGAACCAACUGCUUUGAAGGAUUCCGAGCUCAAGAGUAUCGGUAAGAUUAUCUCAUCCUGGCCCGAAGACUUUGAAGUUCACAAAAACUUGAAAAGAAUCUUGACCAACAGAGGCAAAACCGUCGAAAAGGGCGAGGGAAUUGACUGGUCCACCGGUGAAGCUCUUGCUCUUGGUUCCUUGGCUUUGGAAGGUUACCAUGUCAGAGUUUCCGGUGAAGAUGUUGAGAGAGGUACUUUUUCGCAACGUCAUGCGGUUUUACAUGAUCAAAACUCCGAAAGAACCUACACUCCAUUGCAGCAUCUAAGUGAUAAACAGGCCAACUUCACAAUUUGUAAUUCGUCUCUGUCGGAGUACGGAUGUAUGGGUUUUGAAUAUGGUUACUCUUUGACAUCUCCCGACUUCCUCGUGAUGUGGGAAGCUCAAUUCGGUGAUUUUGCUAACACUGCGCAAGUCAUCAUUGACCAGUUCUUGGCUGGUGGUGAAGCUAAAUGGAAGCAACGUUCUGGUCUUAUUUUGUCGCUACCACACGGUUACGAUGGCCAAGGACCAGAACAUUCUUCGGGUAGAUUGGAAAGAUUCUUGCAAAUGGCUAAUGAAGACCCUAGAUAUUUCCCAUCUGAGGAGAAAUUGCAAAGACAGCACCAAGACUGCAACUACCAAGUAGUGUACCCAACUACUCCUGGUAAUCUUUUCCAUAUCUUGAGAAGACAGCAACACCGUCAGUUCCGCAAGCCUCUAAUAUUGUUCUUCUCCAAGCAAUUGCUGCGUCAUCCUUUGGCAAGAUCUAGCUUGUCGGAAUUCACUGAUGGCGGAUUCCAAUGGAUAAUCGAAGACGUUGAACACGGCAAGGCUAUCGGUACAAAAGAGGAGACCAAGCGCUUAGUACUCUGUUCCGGCCAAGUUUACACUGCGCUUCACAAGAAGCGUGAGUUGUUGGAAGACAAGGAGACCGCCUUUUUGAAGAUUGAGGAAAUACAUCCAUUCCCAUUUGCUCAAUUACGCGAUUCGCUCAACUCUUACCCCAACCUAGAAGACAUUGUCUUCUGUCAGGAAGAGCCUUUGAACAUGGGAUCUUGGUCCUAUGCUUCGCCAAGACUCGAGACUGUCUUGGGUGAGACCGACAACUACAAGGACAGAAAGGUGAGAUACGCUGGCCGCAAUCCAAGCGGACCUGUUGCUGCCGGCUCCAAGGGUUUGCACAAUGCAGAAGAACAAGCGUUUUUGACCGAGGUCUUUGGACGUUAG